AUGGUGGCAAGGCAGCCGUCAUCGAAGGCCGCCUGGGACGCAUUACACAAAAAUGUGAACACCGCUUUACAACAGCAGAAGGCGAACCAUUAUGUAACCCUCCGAGCAUGCAAAGACAGAGUCCGAACGUUACAAGAGGCACACAGAAAAAAUGAAAUGAAUUCACUGAGGGCAUCUGGAACGAAUGAAGAGUAUGACGAGCGCAGUCAGUUGCUCACAGAGUUGUUGGAGCAAACUGAGGAAGAAAAGAGAUCCAAAAAGGAGGUACUAGAUAAGACUGUCGAUAUAAAAGAGAGCCAGGGUAAAGACAUUCGCAAGGCCGCUAUGGAAACACUUAUUCCAGCGAAGAGGAAGAACGACGAUGAUGAUGAUGAACAGCAAGAUGAAGAUGACGCUAUCAACCCACCACCAGUUAAAAAACGGCGUGCCGAUACAUCCGCAGAUUACGUGAAGUAUCUGAGAGAUAAAUUGGAAUUAGACAAAGAAAGAUUUGAUAUAGAACAUAGGGAAAGGGAGGCAAUGCUUGAGAAAGAUAAAAAAAUGUUUGACAUGAUGAUGGGUUUGUUGCCAAAGAAACUCUAA